AUAUUGGACAGAAUUUUUAUGCAAGUAGAACAAUACCUAUGUAGCAUAUGUAAUAGUUAUUAAAGUCAAAAUAGUCCAUUCAUUAUGUGUCUGUACUAUAGAGAGAUGUAGGACAGUUUUUCGGUGUGUGUUUUGAGUAGAGUAACCUUUUAAAAUGAUAAAUAUAUUCUUAGAAAGUCGUAUUUUGGGUGAAAUAAACCUUUAAAGCAACACCUUGAACACUUUAACAUCCAUCCAGUUUGCAGGGGGCCUCCUGACACACCAGGGUCAAGCUGCAGCCUCCUCUGCUGCAGUGAGCUUCAGGCUGCAGUUACUCUGCCACACCUCUGGACGGCGCUACACUGGUCCGACACGAAAAUACCUCCCGGAAGAAACACCGACCGCGCUUCAGUUGUUCCGCAAAAGGGGAAAACAGCCAAUGCAGUCCUGCUCUAGAGCCAAUAUCUGACAUCGACCAGUGAUCAGCCUCACGCCUGGAACAUCUGAGCUCCAGCACCGCCCGCAUCGACACGACCACCGAGUGUUACCCGGGAGACAUGCGCAGGGUGUGGGUGUGCUGACCGCCUGGUACCGAGCUCACCUGCUGCUGCUGCUGAUGGAGAACAUCGAGGAGCCGUCGCCGCUCCGGAUCACCCCGACCGUCCGGGCGCUGAGCUCCGCGCUGCGGGGGAAGCGAGACUCCGACCGGGGCAACGGCGACAGGGUGUUCCCCGAACCGGAGAAGCUCUGGUUCAAGGAGAGCAGCGCGAAAAACCUCCGGAACAGAGACUUCUUGUCGCCGACCACGAUGCUCAACACGCUGUAUGCGGACGGACAGGUCCCUCCAGCUGUCAUGUCCAGAGUCCUGUCCCUUCGUGGCAGCGGUGUCCUCCCUGUAGCCGGAGGGGAGGUGAUGGGUGAAGGUCUGAGGGUGAGGGUGGACCGGGCUGCAGCUUUCAAGACUGUGCUGGCGGGUGGAGCGGCAGAAUACCUGAAGCCCUCGAGUCAGAGACAGGGCUGUGUGGUGCUGAACUGCCCCGCGCUGCACCCGAGACCCAACACACCCACCCCGGACACGCUGAGUCUGGGCCAGCUGAGGACCGUGCUGCUGGCUGACCACAUGGGGGCGCUGCUGAGAAGACAGGGGUUUGCAGUGUCCUUCUGCCCCACGCUUCCCAAAGACAGUGACAUCAACACCUUCCUCCGAGCUCUGGGCAUCGAUUGGCCGACGGCUCCGGCCAACUGGACCAAUGAGGGGCGAGAGGAGAAGAUCCAGGAGGCGCUGGAGAACUCGGCGUACAGAGAGAAGGAAACGGAGCGAGGAAGGAGGACCAGCGGAGGGGGAGCGAAGAAAGCCGAGGAGGGGGAGGACGAGGGAGCGCUCAGGGUCAACCUGAAACGGGUUUUCCAAGAAGAGGGGCUGCUGGGAUACGACCCGAGCCUCGGUACCUGCACAGUUCACAGAGACAGCGUUUCCCACCUGGCGCAGCUGGACCUCUCCACAGCCGACUGCAAAGUAGCCAUGGUAACGGCGUUACAUGUGACUUCGUGUCAGGAUGAGUUUCGCCAGCAGCAGAUAGCGAUGCUGUGGAGAGCAAGCGGUGCGACACACACACAGAGACAUCUGGUGUGUGGGCCUGUGAAGACUCCGGGUUCUCACCUCACCGCUGCACAGUACCUACAGCUGAGAAGAGGUCAGAUGAAGGAGGCCUCAGAGAUGAAGUAUGGAGAUCAAGUAGAAGGUCAGACGUGGGAUGACAUCAUCAAAGUGAUGACCUCGGCCACGGUCAGAUUUGAGCUGCUGUCAACGGUCCACACCAGUCCUGUGACGCUGGACGUCCAGAGGGAGGGAGGCGUGUCGACCAAAGGGCCCAGAGGAGGAGUGUUUGUCAUGUACAACUGCGCCAGACUGCACACUCUGUUCGACAGCUACGAGAGAGGGGUGGAGAAGGGUUUGUACCCAGAAAUCCCUGAAGGCUCCCAGCUGGACUUUGCUUCUCUGAAAGAAGAGGGCGAGUGGCUCCUCCUGUUCAAUUACCUCAUUCCUUUCUCGGAGCUGCUGGACCAAUCAGGACAGGCGCUGGACUGUGAAGGAGGAGGAGCCAGAGUGAACAUCAAGACUGAACAGAUCUGUAAAUUUCUCGUGUCUCUCAGUAAAGACUUCAGCUCGUACUACAACAGAGUCCACGUGUUGGGGGAGCCGCUGCCUCACCUCUUCAACCAGAUGUUUUGUCGCCUGUACCUGCUGAGAGCGUUGAGAGAGCUCUACCACAGCGCCCUGGACUCGCUCAACCUUCCCCCCAUCAGGCAGCUAUAGCCUCCACACAGCGCCAGCCCUCCUCCCUCCCUCCCUCACCCCCGUCACACUCACACCUCCCUACCUACAUGUUGUGUAUCCAGCUGACACAGUCUCACCUUUCUGGCAGUGUUACAGCUAAUUACGACAUUUCACCCGCCCACCGUUCUGCUUCCGCCUCGUCAGUGUAACUGGACAUAUUUCAGUGUUUAAAUAUUUUAUAAAACGCUACCCAUCAAUGCUGCAGUGUAACGAGGGAUUCUCCUGGAAAAUCUGAGCUGUUUGGAUGGAAGAUACCGUCUUGCUGUCUUGCCAAUAGCUAGAUGGGAAGUUAAAUACCACUUGGAUGUCUGAACAGUAACUAUGAAGCUACCAAAAGCAGCCAGUUGAUCUAAAAAUGGGGAAACAGCAAGUCGGCCUCCCUGCACCUUGUAGAGCUCAGUAGUUGGAAUAUUACAUCUUGUUUGUUUCUGAACAAAAAUUGAAGAAUAAAAAUGGAAAUUCAGGGUUUUGAGGGAGAUAAAUUGUACCGUGGCUGUAAAGAAGCUGCUGGUAUCAGUCCUAUUAUGUAACUGUAGGUGAGAAAGCAAGUAUAACCUAACAUGUCAAAGUAUUCCUAUGUCUGGAUUUAGCAUGCUGGUGUAGAUUCCCCCCUAAUAAGCAGGCAACACAUAAUAAUGGACCACAUCUAAGUUAGUGAAGUUAGGA